GCUAGGGGGUGUUACUGGUGGCUUGAGUCAAUAGUAGUGCUCCGACAGCGCCUGCAUUCGUCUCACUUGGACAUUUGCAGUGAUUGGAAGGCUGGCUCACAGAACGGAGACGGUGCGAAGCAGUCCAUUUACGACAGAAGCGCAUCAAAAACAGUGAACGCAUUUCCAAACUGGGUGAUUUGUUAAAGGCAGUUAUCAGCCACGUCUGUCGGCAUUCUCUACAGACUGUUUGGGGAUUUUUAUGUUUAUUCACCGAUGAGAUAUUGGCUCCCUUCUCCCGGCGGUGCUGAAGUGCCGCCCAUGGUGCCUUGCUGAGCGUGACCUUGCUGAGCGUGACCUUGCUGAGCGUGACCUUGCUGAGCGUGACCUUGCUGAGCGUGACCUUGCUGUUCGUGACGGGUCAGUCAUCUUCAGACCAUCAGCACCCUCCAUCUCAGCAGGACCUCCCACGGCCAACUGAGAACUACCCAUCAUGCCUCAGGAACAUGGAUCAACCAAUCAGCUAACUGGCCCAGUGGACCCUGUGAGAAGGAAGCUCUGAGCCUGACCCCUGACCUCUGACGCCCUCAUCACCCCUAAAACCCCCUCCACCCUCCACCCUCCCCUCCCUCACCAUCUACCUGUCCACGGCCCCCUUCUCCUGGACCCUGUCUGCACUUGCACUCAACAGAGCCAAGAUCACAGACGUACUCAAGCACAGCCAAGACUGCAUUUCCCAGAAGGCUCGGCUCAUCUCUCAACUUGAGCCAAAAUGCACGGGACUCUAGUGUACUUGAUCGGGAGCGUCAUCUGCAUGCUGCCGGUGCUCAGGGCUCAAGCGGGCCAGAACCCGGACCACGUGCUGCACGGCACCGGGAUGAAGGCGGACUCCGGGCGCUCGGGGGACGACAGCACCGUGGCCCCGGAGGACGCCGAACGCUUCCUCAGCUGCUACUGCUCAGGACACUGCCCCGAGGACGCCAAGAACAACACCUGCAUGACGAAUGGCCAGUGCUUUGCCAUCAUCGAGGAGGACGAGCACGGCGAAGUGUUCCUGACCUCGGGAUGCAUGAAGUUCGAGGGCUCCCACUUCCAGUGCAAGGACUCCCCCAGGGCGCAGACAAGGAGGACCAUUGAAUGCUGCCAGAAAGACUUCUGUAACCGAGACCUCCAGCCCACCCUCCCCCCUCCCCCAGACCCAGAAAACCCCCACUGGUUGGCCUUCAUGAUCUCCAUGACGGUCUGCUGCUGCACCCUCAUCUGUAUCACAGUGGUGUGUUACUACAGGUACAAGUGGCAGACUGAACGGCAGAGGUACCACCGGGACCUGGAGCAGGAUGAGGCCUUCAUCCCCGUCGGCGAAUCCCUCAAGGAUCUCAUCAACCAGUCCACGACCUCCGGCAGCGGCUCCGGGCUCCCUCUGCUGGUCCAGCGCACCAUAGCCAAGCAGAUCCAGACGGUGCGUCUGAUUGGCAAGGGCCGCUACGGGGAGGUGUGGCUGGGCCGCUGGCGUGGGGAGAAGGUGGCCGUCAAGGUCUUCUUCACCCGAGAGGAGGCCAGCUGGUUCCGAGAGACCGAGAUCUACCAGACGGUUCUCAUGCGACACGAGAACAUCCUGGGAUUCAUUGCGGCAGACAUCAACGGCACGGGCACCUCGACGCAGCUCUACCUGAUCACAGAUUAUCACGAGAACGGCUCGCUGGGCGACUGGCUGAAGUUCACCACGCUGGACACGGCCUCGCUCCUGCGGCUGGCCUACUCGGCCGCCUGCGGCCUCUGCCACCUCCACACGGAGAUCUACGGCACGCAGGGCAAGCCGGCCAUCGCCCACCGCGACCUCAAGAGCAAGAACAUCCUGAUCAAGAAGAAUGGCACCUGCUGUAUCGCCGACCUCGGCCUGGCCGUCAAGUUCAACAGCGACACCAAUGAGGUGGACGUCCCGUUGAACACGCGUGUGGGGACGCGGCGCUACAUGGCUCCCGAGGUCCUGGACGAGACCAUGAACAAGAACCAGUUCCAGGCCUACAUCAUGGCCGACAUCUACAGCUACGGCCUGGUGGUGUGGGAGAUGGCCCGCCGCUGCGUCACUGGAGGAAUAGUUGAGGAGUACCAGCUGCCGUACCAGGAGAUGGUGCCGUCAGACCCCUCGUACGAGGACAUGCUCGAGGUGGUGUGUGUCAAAGGCCUCAGGCCCACCGUGUCCAACCGCUGGAACAGUGACGAGUGCCUGCGGGCCAUGCUGAAGCUGAUGUGCGAGUGCUGGGCCAACAACCCCGCCUCACGGCUCACCAUCCUCCGGGUCAAGAAGACCCUCGCCAAGAUGGUGGAAUCUCAAGACAUCAAGAUCUGAGCGCCCCCUCUUCUCUUCUCUCCUCCCUCCCUUCCUCCCACUCACUUUAUGGCUCCCACGCUCUGGUCAGGAAGAGGGCUUUGAACUGCACUCUGAGACACUGAAUGAACUCCUCAUGCAGACAGGAUGAGAUGAGACACACACACACACACACACACACACACACACACACGAGACUUGAGUGUGUGCACUGCUGAUUUGUGGUGUGAUGACUUUGUGGUGGGAGGACAGUGGAAACUACGCCAGCCUGUGUGUGUGUCCAUGCUGUGUUCAUCUUCAUCCUCACGAACCUCUCUGGCUCUGAGUGGGAGAGGACCGUCGUCUUCCUCAGUGCUUUCUGUGAAAGCUGUAUUCUGCGCAAAGGGAGGAAGGGCAACCAACCACACACCGCCAUCACAGGAUGAGACUCGCAUGGACACGGACUAACUCACUGCCUUAGAGAAAUUCCUCUGCUGCCAAUCUUCUGUUAUCUCUGUGUUUUUUUGUUUGUUUUUUCUUUAAUUUGCUUCCAGCUUAGUCCAUUUGUGUUUGUGCCAUUUCUGCCUCCUGCCAUCACACUACAUCACGGUACUAUAACUAACACCAGACCUCGUCAGCAUUGUGGUUUGAAGGUCACUCCGGGCCAGCAAGUCUGCAUGUUUUGUUGCUCUAAUAACGGAAAGGUCAUUUGAGACCUGGCCCAGAUAAGAGGCCGUGGUAUUAGUCUGGUGCUACUGUAUGUCUGGUGUGUGUCUGGUGUGUGUCUGGUGUGUGUCUGGUGUGUGUAUGGUGUGUGUCUGGUGUGUGUCUGGGCCCCGCCGGCAGCUCUGUUUAACCAGGUCCAUGAACACCACACCUGAGGCUGGACACACUGGAGCUGUACCCCUCACAGUCCCCCGCUGGCCUUAAGACACCUGCAUGAUGGUGCAGCUCCCCAGCAGCCCACUGCAUCAGAGCGUCCAGCGGUACGAGAUGCCUUACUCUCCUGUUUACUCUCCCGAGAGCAACCCCAGCGGUGACAUCACUUCCCCUGGGAACAGGUGCUCAGGAGUACCCCACCGGUGACAUCACUUCCCCUGGGCACAGGUGCUCAGGAGUCGUACUAUGCCAGUAGUGUUUGCCAUGCCCUCUGGAGGACCCUGUCCUUCCUAGUGUCCAGCGACGUGGCAGCGCCAGGGGAGGUGACCGUGAGGUGUGCCAGUGGCACAGUGCCAGGAAGAGGAGGCACGCUCGGGCGUGGCAGAGAGCACUUCCUGUUUCUCUCCGUGUGGGGCCGUGUGCAGAG